CGAACCUGCAAUAAACGACCCUUGCCGCUUGGCUUUGGCCCUGGACUCUGGUGGUUCGUUUUUUGGGGUCUCUCGGACUCUGGGCGUUACAUUGGGGGCUCGUCCGGGAUACCCCCAAACCCACCAGACCCCAAGUCAACGGGUCAUUUCUGAGACCGGUCGGUAAGUGAGCCGGCUCUGUUCGUUCCUGUUUGUUCGUUUCUGGCUCUCCCGCGCAGGAUCUGUAUCAGAGACUGACAGCCCUGGCGGACGCGCUAUAGGGCAGUCAGUCGGGACCAGUAGGAGACGUCCUCUGGCACCCGUCUGGGGCACCAUUUUGGCCCAUCGGAACUCUUUGUUCGGGUUACAGACACCCGUUCUGUAUCUGGUGUCUUCACCAAGGCACUUUCUGUUUGCCGCCGCGCUUGCGAUUUAACUUGUCUCCUCUCCUCUGCAGGUAUAUCCGGUUCACUCCCGGAACAUAAACUAACUUGACCCAUCUAUUUCUUCCUAUACAGAUUAUGGGACACCUCUCUCCCUUCUUCUGGCUAAUUUCAGGGAUGUCCAGACUAGAGGCCAUAACCUAAGCCUGGACAUCCGCCGGUCGAGACAUCACUUUCUGCCGGUCUGAGUGGCCCACUUUCGGGGUGGGCUGGCCUACCGAGGGCACUUUUUAUUUGCCUAUAGUUGCUAAGGUCAAGGCCAAAACCCUCCUGCCAGGAAAGGAAGGCCAUCCAGACCAGGUUCCCUAUAUCCUCGUCUGGCAGGAUCUUGUUGAAAACCCUCCACCCUGGAUGUCUCCCUUCCUUUCCUCAGGGUCCUGUAAGAUUCUCGCGGCCCGCUCCACUGACCCAACCAAGCCGCGAACCCCCUCAGCGCCCCUAAAUCCCAUAUUGCCCGAUAGUCAGGACCUACUAUCCCUGGACCCUCCACCCUAUCAUCCCCCUCCCCUCGCACCCCAGGCCCUGCCCGCAGCAGUCGCCCCGCUGGUUGCCCCCCAAGGGGAACCAGGAGGACGGGAGCCAGGGAGGCUAGGGGCAGCAGCCGCACCAAGCCCUAUUGAAAAUGAAACCAACAGCGAAGGGCCAGCUGGCCGAACUCGCGGGUGCACCCAGUGUGAGCCAAGCUCUCGCCUCCCCGACUCCACUGUGGCCCUACCCCUGCGGGAAAUAGGACCCCCCGAUGAAACGGGCAACCCCCAAGUCCAGUAUUGGCCCUUCUCCACCAGUGACCUUUAUAAUUGGAAAACCCAAAAUGCUCGGUUUUCUGAUAACCCUAGAGAUCUUAUAGCCCUCCUAGAGAGCAUAAUGUUCACCCACCAGCCUACCUGGGAUGACUGCCAACAGCUUUUGCGAAUCCUGUUCACCACGGAAGAAAGGGAGAGGAUUCAACUUGAAGCGCGGAAGCUGGUCCCUGGGGAAGACGGUCGACCCACUGUUAACCCUGACCUCAUUAAUGCGGCGUUUCCCCUGACUCAGCCUGAUUGGGACUACACCGCGGCAGAAGGGCUCUACAGCGGGUUCAUGAGGCCGCGUGGCCUAAACUAAGAGAACUGUAUGAGACGGGGCCCCCACCCACUCCCCAUCAGUAUCGUCCAGGAGACUGGGUCCUCGUCAAGCGACACCAGAACCUUGAACCCAGAUGGAAGGGACCUUACCAAAUCAUCCUGACAACUCCCACCGCCAUCAAGGUAGAUAACCUCCCUACCUGGAUUCACCACACCCACAUUAAGCCUGUCUGACCCGCUGUCUGACCUUGUGGGACACACUGAUAGAAAUACUACUUGGACUGUAGACCGGAGUAAGAAAAACCCCCUGAAACUAACCUUGCGCCGUGCCUCCCCUAAACAUGUUCAGGAUAGUGACCCUUGUCCUACUAGCCCUCAACCUCAAACUCCUGGAGGGAGGACUAAAUGCCCCCGUUGACAAACAGAGAUUGUACGAAGCUCUGUAUGGAAGGCCCUGUGAUUGCAGAGGUGGCGUGGUUAGCACCAUUGCCCUGCCACACAGUAAAAGAAUAGUGGCCGGCUCUGUAGGAGGAGGGGGUCUACAGCGAAGCUACACUCAAACCCAAGACUGUGGGACCACGACUGCUUACUUAACCCAGACCUAUGACACCACAGGACUCCAACAACAGCAGUGGUUAUGUGUGAACAAACCCAAGCCCCUGCCCCCCAUGACAAAAUGCCCUUGCUCCACUUUCCAGGAGUCGGUGCACAGCUCUUGUUAUGACUCCUAUCAGCAACGUAUAGGGCCAGAUAACUCCACUACCUACUUUACGGCCAUCCUACAGAGUAACAGGGCAGCGAUAGCCAGUGAUAACAAUAUGCAACUUCAAGCUGGCUGCUCUGGCUCAGUGGGAGCCGCCACCUGCUGGAACCCCCGAGCCCCCAUACAUGUGUCUGACGGUGGAGGACCCCAAGACGCUGCCAGACAGAUUGAAACGCAAACGAGGCUUAAGGACCUCGCAGAACGAAUGUAUCCACGGCUUAAUUCCACCCCCUAGUUCUCCCUAGGCACAGCCCUUACGAGUUAGACCCUCAGACAAUGUCUAUCCUAGAAACCACUUUCUUACUCUUAAACAUCUCUAACCGGACUCUAGCCCAAGAUUGUUGGCUUUGCCUACCCCAGCAAACUCCCCGACCCAUCGCCAUCCCCACUGAAGUUGAUAUCAGCAUAACCAAUGACUGCUUUCCUUCUUCCCUACCUGACCCCUUCCCCGUUCAAUUCAUUAGCCCGUUCGAUGCCUCUUGCUUUAUACAUAAUCUUACCUCCCAGAAUAACAGCAUAGAUGUAGGGAUCGUAU